CUUAGCAAAGGCAUCUAAUAAUAUUUCAAUUUUUUAGAAAAUCUCUUUACACUGAUAAAAUAGAGUAGAAAACAUGUUCUUUUUUCAAGUAUUUAACAUUCGAAGCCUGCUGAUUUGAUUAAUUCAAAUUCAUAUUAACAAAGUAUGAAGGAGAGUGGUGGUAGAAAACAAGGUGCAACUUCUCCAUGCGCAGCUUGUAAGUUGUUAAGGAGAAGAUGUACACAAGACUGUGUUUUUUCACCUUAUUUUCCAAGUGAUGAACCACAUAAGUUUGCAAGUGUUCAUAAAGUAUUUGGAGCUAGCAAUGUGAACAAGAUGAUUCAGGAAUUGCAAGAAUAUCAACGAGGAGAUGCAGUGAGUUCAAUGGUGUAUGAGGCAAAUGCAAGAAUAAAAGAUCCAAUUUAUGGUUGUGUUGGAACUAUUUCAUCUUUACAUCACCAAAUUGAAUUUCUACACACACAAUUAGCAAUUGCACAAGCUGAGUUAGUCCACAUGAAGAUGCAACAAUUCUCAUCCAUGUCCGGUGGCGGCGGCACCGCCGCCAACUCACCAAAAAACGUAUGGUCACCGUCAUCUCAACACUUGCAAUCAGAGGUGUAUUCAGAAUUUGAAAUUUAUGACUCCGUGCAACAACCUCAAAUUAAUAUAUAACAAUUCAUAAUUAUAUAUUUUUCUUAA